CUCAUUCUUCAUCCUUUAGGCGCCACUCUGAUCGACUGAAAGAAAAGGCUAGAAAUGGACGGAGGAGUAGUAUCGCAGAUGGCGCUUCCGGUGCUGGGAAUCGUCGCCGCCGCUGCCGUGACCUUCUAUGCAGUGAGCUUCGCCGAGAUUCGAGAGAAAUCGUUCAAAGACUUGGACGAUUAUGACGAGGGUGGCUACAAGCCUUCUUUCAGCUCCAGGCAGCGCCGCGCCAGAAGGAACGCCGAGAAACGAAACAAGAACUAGACGGAUCAUCGCCAUGUUCGUCAGAGAAGACUGUUGUUUGUUUCAAUUACGUUGGAAACUGUUGUAAAGUUCUGCAGAAAUCUAAUUGCAAUUUGUCUUCAUUAAUGACCAUCAAUUCUGACAGAUGAAGCAAUGAUGAACACUUAAACGUGAUUAAGGAUUCCGAAUGAAGCAUGAUUAAUCCCAAUACAGCAAUAAUUGCUGA